ACUGUUUCCUGUAUGUCAAGACACGUGAAGGUCAGGAUAGCGUUGGCUCGGUGUAUACAGCAGUCAGAAAUUAGCAUUAAGAGAUUUUGUGCUGCGCUUUCUCUGCUGUUCUUCUAUCCAAUGGAUACUCAAGGCGUCGCGACAGAUCCUCAGCUGCAGCAGUUCAUCGAGAUCGAGUCUCAGAAGCAGCGGUUUCAGCAGCUGGUUCACCAGAUGACAGAAGUCUGCUGGGAGAAGUGCAUGGAUAAACCUGGUCCCAAGCUGGACUCCAGGACAGAGGUGUGUUUUGUAAACUGUGUGGAGCGAUUUAUCGACACAAGCCAAUUCAUCCUCAACAGACUAGAGCAAACUCAGAGGACUAGAGGAGCCUUUUCAGAGACCAUGACAGACUAGCCUUCAGCCAAUGAGGAAACCUACAUCAGCCAUUUAUCCAGGCUUUGACAUGCCAGUGUAAGAACUGAGAGGCAACAGGAUUCAGUUCAGUUCUCAAAGACAAAGUGCCUCAUUUUGCUCUCUUUAUUAUUUUGAAGGCGAUAUAAAUAUAUUCUAAUAUGAAAUGGAUGCACGUACAGUUCCACAACAAGAGCUGUUUUUCAUCACCGUAUUGACAUUUGCCAGUGUAAGACUUUGGUGUGAAGUCAAAUAAACAUCAUCUUAAAGAAAGGAA